UCUUACUGGAAUGAUAAACAUCUUAACAGACCUCAUUUGGCGCUUUACUGGAAACUUCAUGGCCCCAGAUUUCGUCUGCAGAAUUGUGCGAUACCUACAGGUUGUCCUUCUCUAUGCAUCUACCUAUGUUCUUGUGUCUCUAAGUAUUGACCGCUAUCAUGCAAUUGUAUAUCCUAUGAAGUUCAUGCAGGGAGAAAAGCAGGCAAAAAUCCUAAUUGGAAUCGCAUGGGGCCUCUCCUUUGUGUUUGCUGUCCCAACUCUGAUCAUUUUUGGAAGAAGGGAGCUAAGCAAUGGAGAAAUACAGUGUUGGGCUGAUUGGCCUGAUGAAUCUUAUUGGAAACCCUACAUGACUAUUGUGGCUUUUCUGGUAUUUUUCAUUCCUCUUAUAAUUAUCAGUGUCAUUUACUUCAUUGUGAUCAGGACUAUAUGGGUCAAAAGUAAAGGCCAUGUUAUGAUCAUUACAAAGCAUUAUGAUAGCACUUACUCUACGAAGUAUCCCCAUCGUAGUGCCAUAACCAAAGCCAAAAUAAAAGCUAUCAAGUACAGUAUCGUAGUCAUUCUUGCAUUUCUACUUUGCUGGAGUCCUUACUUCUUUUUUGACAUUCUCGACAACUACAAUGUCAUCCCUAAGACAAAAGAAAGGAUUUAUGCAUCCGUCAUUAUUCAGAACCUGCCAGCAUUAAACAGUGCCAUAAAUCCUAUUAUCUAUUGUGCCUUCAGCAACAAAUCCUGCUGUCACUUCAGGAACCAAAGAAUGCAGACUUUUAAAGAUAGAACAGAAGGACAUGAAAUGCAUAUGAUAACCAGACCAGAGUACAUAUAACUGAAGUCUAUGCACGCAAGCUGUUAAAAGAAGACUAAGACUGACAGAGUAGAACCUAUACCUUUGAUAAAUAAGCUUAAUUGCAAAAUGGACAGAACAAUAAUUAUGUUUACCAAAUGCAAGCAGUGUACAUUUCUACAUUUGAUGAAGCUUCCAAAUCCUCAAGAUUGUUUUUGCUGUGAAUUAUUUAUGCAGAUCAUGAUGUUUUAUCUCUGUCAGGAGUGCCCUGGUUGCAUUUAAUUCAUUGUACAGAAGUAAACUAGUAAUUCUGUAUUUCACUUUUCUGUUUAGUUGUCUCACACUUUUUUCACUAAUUUUGUAUGCAAAAACAUGUGUACCUAUUUUGCCACAUAAGAUUUUUUUGGGCUGGUGCCUUAUAUGUCAUUAUACAUCAAGAUAUGGCAUUUUAUUUUUGCAUUACAUUAUAAAUAGCUGAAAUCUAUACAAUUAAGUUUAUAAAGAUCAUAGGUCAUAAAGUACUUUAGGGAAAAGUUCUACCAUUUUUACAAAUGUCAUAUGUUAAAUGUGUAUAAAUUAAUAAAAUUAUGAAAAAAACUCCUUAACGUAGUACUGCAUUGGAAAAAUAUUGAUAGUUUAGUUCCUGAAAUGUUGCUAAGUACAACACUGUACUAUAGAUUUUGAAUUUGAAAAUACUGUAUUUUGGUUUAUGUUCUAAAAAUAAACAGUUACUGUUUAUAGCUUGUA